UUACAGACAGGCUCUGUAUGAAGGGCUCCUUCAAUGAAGAACCAACUAUCUUUACCUUUCUGCGUUUGUUCUGUCUCUCUCCCUUAAGAUACGACCAAAAAUAAGAUUUUUUUUCUUUCUUGCACCUGAGCAUCAGGUUCUUCUGAUCUCAUGAGCCUGUGCAGCUGUUUUUCAGCAUUAGAGUUCAUCCACUAUGGUGAUGGGAAUUCGUGAACUUUCAAGUGGAAAUUUAUACUUUUGCCACCACUUUGCUUUUGUGAACUAAGGACACAGACACUGUUAAAGAGAAAAAAAUGCACUCAUCCUGCCGGCCAUUAUGUCUGGAGCUAACAGCUCCAGCCUGACCCCAGACUUCUUUAUCCUGAAUGGUAUCCCUGGGCUGGAAGAUGCACAUGUCUGGAUCUCUCUGCCAUUCUGCUUCAUGUACAUGAUUGCUGUUGUGGGGAACUGUGGGCUUAUCUACCUCAUUGGCCAUGAGGAGAUCUUACACCGUCCUAUGUACUACUUUCUAACCCUGCUCUCCUUCACUGAUAUAACCUUGUGCACUACCACUGUGCCCAAUAUGCUGUGUAUAUUCUGGUUCAACCUCAAAAAGAUUGGGUUUGAAGCCUGCCUGGUUCAAAUGUUUUUUGUGCACACCUUCACAGCUACAGAGUCUGGUAUGUUAAUGCUCAUGGCCCUGGAUCGCUAUGUGGCCAUCUGCUAUCCUUUACGCUAUGGAACCAUCCUGACUAACCCUGUGAUUGCCAAGGCUAGUCUUGCUACAUUCUUGAGGAGUGUAGCAUUCAUCCUCCCUUUCACUUUCCUCACGAAGCGUCUUCCCUAUUGCCGAGGCAACAUCAUUCCUCAUGCCUAUUGUGACCACAUGUCUGUGGCCAAAAUAUCCUGUGGCAAUGUCAAGGUCAAUGCAGUCUAUGGGUUGUUAGUUGCUCUUGUGGUUUGUACAUUUGAUAUAUUCUGUAUCACUGUGUCAUACACAAUGAUAUUGAGAGCAGUAAUGAACCUGUCCUCUGCAGAUGCUCGUCACAAAGCCUUCAGCACCUGCACAUCUCACAUCUGUGCGAUUGUGAUCACUUAUGUGCCUGCCUUUUUUAAUUUCUUCACUCAUCGUUUUGGGGGACGCACUAUUCCCCACCACAUCCACAUCAUAGUGGCCAACCUCUACCUGCUACUGCCAGCUACCAUGAACCCAAUUGUUUAUGGAGUCAAGACCAAGCAGAUUCGGGAAAGUGUAAUCAAAUUUUUUAGUGGAGACAAGAGUGACACUACUGAAAUAAAAGGAUUUAAAAACAAGUAA